CUUAGACCCGCCCCCCAGCGCUGCGGGGCGUGCUAGUCUCCGGGCCGCCCCACAACAGGAAGUCGUGCGUCGCGAGAUCAGACAGGGCCGCGCGCAGGCCGGGAGCCCUGGUUCCGCGCGGCCGGUACCCAGUGACCGGCAGUCCCCGAGGCUCACCGAGAGCCUCUGCGGAGCCCCGCGACGCGCAGGGGAGGCUGGGAGAGGAUUCGCACACCGACAAAGAAGGCUCGCUUUGCUUUUGUUCUUAGCAGCACUGCGUGCCCGUAGCAACUGCCGGUGGCACCAACCAUAUUGAAAAGGAAAAGCGCCCAGAGGUUGCGUGAAAGUUGAUUGCCCUGGAGAAGCUGACACACUCACACCGAUGGAAAUGAUUUCCCCAGGUCCUGAAAAAUGUGCUCGGCAACCCCACAAGUACAAACCGCAUCUCAUGUUUCCUUUAAGAUAAGGAGUCCCAUCAAGAGGCAGGGUGGCUACCACAGAUGGUGGAGAUGCUCCUGCUGCGAUGAAGAGCCGGAUCCCAGUGGUACUCCUGGCCUGUGGCUCCUUCAACCCCAUCACCAACAUGCACCUACGCUUGUUUGAGGUGGCCAGAGACCACCUACACCAAACAGGAUUGUACCAGGUGAUCAGAGGUAUCAUAUCGCCCGUCAAUGACAACUACUUGAAGAAAGACCUGGUAGCUGCCCAACACCGAGUGGCCAUGGCCCGGCUGGCCGUGCAGACAUCCAACUGGAUCCAAGUGGACUCCUGGGAGAGUGAGCAGACACAGUGGAUGGAGACGGUCAAAGUGCUGAGGCACCAUCACAGAGAACUGCUGAGAGCUCUGCCCCCGACGGAAGGCCCGGACCACGGCACGCCCGCCUCCCGAGCCCCCGCAGCUGUACCUGAGGUAAAGUUCCUGUGCGGGGCAGACAUCCUGAAGAGCUUCCAGACUCCCAACCUUUGGAAAGACUCAGACAUUGAGGAAAUAGUGAAGAAGUUUGGUGUGGUGUGCGUGAGCCGGACAGGUUAUGACCCCGAGGGGUACAUCUCGAGCUCGCCAAUCCUGCAGAGGUACCAGCGCAACAUUCACCUGGCCAGAGAGCCCGUGCAGAACGACAUCAGUGCUACGUACAUCAGGCAGGCCUUGCGCCAAGGGCAGAGCGUGAAAUAUCUGCUCCCAGAUGCCGUCAUCGCCUACAUCAGGGAUCACAACCUCUACAUGAGGGACACUUCUUGGACGGGCAAUCACAGCAUGCCGAGGAAUGAAGGGAAAACGAGCUGGGGAGGGCCAUCCACGUCUCCUCUGAGCCCCUCCUGAGAAGAGGGUAGUUAAGGGCUUUCUUUUUACUUUUUGCUUUUCCAGUUUUCAUUUGUUUUAUUUCUACAGUGAUUUUACUUCUUAGGAGAGUUCUGUCCCUGGAAGAGAUACCUUCUUUUGCAAGGAGCAGGUGUCUCGAUCACAAGGAUGAGCAUUUAUAAAAGAAGUUAAAAUGGCGUGGCAGGUCAGUAGGAUUCGGCACCAUCUCCCAGAACCUCUGGAUGAAGAGGCCUUCUUUUUUGUAAAUGGUAAUUGCAGUGUGAGCACUGAAGGAGGUUCUGCGAGUGGCAGGGUCCCUGAGGGUCCAGUCGUAAUUGCCCACAAUGCACUUUUUCACUAGGACCAGGUGCAACAUACUGGUCUUGAUUGGAAAGACUUGUCAGGCUGCUAAUUACCACACAGUAGGCUUUGUCAACACCUCAUUUCAGACCAAAAUAAUACUAAUUGAGGGGUCAAAAAUUUGGAAGCAACACUUCCCCAUUUUACAUGGAACCUUCCCCGAGGAACCAUGGUCUGCCUGCCUACUGGCCGUUAAUAAAAUUUAAAUUCAAAUCUAUCCAA